AUGGCAAACAUCAAGCGACCUGUUUCUGACAAUCUCUACCAUGUGCUCCUCACCACGUCGCACAUCGCUAAAGAUCCAUACAAUGUGGUAGAAAAAGUGCGCAUCCCAGGGACCUACACCUCACUGGGAGCGGCCAAGGCAGCGGCCCACAGCUGUCUAUUCGAUGCCGGAUAUGAACGCGGGUUUUUCAACGAGUACGAGACCAGUCCGGAAAUGUUUGAGGAGAAUCUAGCAGAACAUCUUGGACUUGCUGUUUAUGCCGUCGCCCCCGAUGAAACCACAUUCCGGGUGCGCAUCGACACGACCCCAAAUAACCUACGACUCACUACGGAUCUGGACGAUUGGCGUGUAUCGAUCCCGCUGUACUACGUGAUCGAGACCAUUGUCGUGUACAACGGGGACGAGGACACCACCAUGGUGCGGGACAUGAGUGUGGAGGCUGUCUUCACUACGUACAUGGAGGCAAGAGCCUAUGCGAAGACGGCUCUGCUGUCGAAGGAGAAUAAGAUCACUCGGGAGAGUUUUGAAGAUUACCAUCAGGCAGGACCGGACGAAACUGACUGUGGAUACGGGGAGAAUGUCAUUGUGCAUGCGACGGGUGACUAUGGGGAGAAUUACAUGAUCAGUAUUAUCCAGACCCAGGCAUUAAAAAAUGUGACUCUGGCGGAGGCAGCAAUGAAAAUUCGCUAA